UUUCGUAUUUGUCCCCUUUAAAAAUAACGGAGUACAUCAAGAGCACGCCAUUCUGCUAGAAUCACAUUCAUUUGAAGACCCUACGUAAACACAACACCCCCAUCGUUAUUUAUAGGCUUUCAGAGUUCAUUGGAAAGUUUAACCUCUUAUUAAACAGCAUUGGGCUGUCCAACCACAGUUAAAUUAAUCAUUAAUGUGUGUUAUUUAACAUGCUGGUCAAAGUCUGUAUCAAGAGAUGUGCUGAGAUACAGGUAUGAAGCGUGUGAAAGUGCUUGUGAUAGGAGCAGGUGUGGUGGGUUUAUCGACCGCUGUGUGUAUCGCUGAGACUCUUUCUUAUUGUUCUGUGACUCUUACUGCUGAGAAAUUCUCACCUGACACCACAAGUGAUGGAGCUGCUGGAAUUCUGUUUGCCUCCGAAUUUCCUGAUGUGCCGCUUGGGCGACAACAGCGCUGGUUUAAGGAGACGUUUGAUCAUCUGCUGGCCAUUGCAGAUUCCCCACAGGCAUCAGAUGCUGGUGUUUUCCUCUGUUCAGGGUAUCAGAUUUUCAAAGAUGUACCCUGUGACAAAAAGCCCUUCUGGUCAGAUUUGGUUCUUGGAUUCAGAAAUAUGACACAUCAUGAAAUGAAGCGUUUCCCUAAUCAUAAAUGUGGUCAAGCUUUUACUACAGUGAAGUGUGAAUGUCUCAGUUACUUGCCCUGGAUGGAGAAAAGGUUUAGAGAAGCCGGUGGUCAAAUCCGACGUGAAAAGGUCACUAACCUUCAGAAAAUGUACCAGGAGUAUGAUGUCAUUGUUAACUGCUCCGGUCUCGGAUCACGCUUCUUGGUGAAGGAUGAGGAAGUCUAUCCAAUACGUGGUCAAGUCUUGAAGGUUAACGCUCCUUGGCUGAAGAGCUUCAUACGAGAUGGAGAUGGCAAGACCUACAUCUACCCCGGUAUCAACUACGUCACUAUCGGAGGCACGCGACAGGCAAAUGAUUGGCGGUUGGAGGUCGAUAAAGAGGACAGUAAUGGAAUCAUGGAUCGCUGCAGACAAUUGGAACCAUCCUUGCAAAAGGCUCAGGUGAUUGGUCCGUGGGUGGGGCUACGGCCAGGCCGGGCAAACCCACGCGUGGAGCUGGAAUAUCUGUAUGUAGAGGGCCGCCACAUGCCGCUGGUGCACAACUAUGGUCAUGGAGGUUGGGGCAUCACCCUGAGCUGGGGCACGGCACUGGAAGCACUGGAUCUGGUAAGACAGAGUCUGAUUGAAAAACCACCUCGAGCAAGACUUUGAUUCAGUGAUGGUGGUGUCAUUC